CCUCCAGCACAGCCGCCGCUGCCUGCUCCACACGGACCUCCAGGCCAGGAGGGAGGCUGUUACGCGGCGGUUGCUGGGGUACUGUCGGUGGCGGGCAAGCGCUGCUUUCCGGCGGCAUUUUUAAGUCGCUGCAGUCGGGGAGAGGACAAGUCGCUCGGUAAGUGGACGCCGAGGGUUCGGGAGUGAACGGUGCAACUGCAAAUUCCAGCAUCUUCGUUCUAUAAGUCAUCCAAAGGAAGACCAUGUCUCGAAAGAAGUGUAAAGAUGAUAAUAAGGCCCAUGUUUCCAGCUCCUUUGAGUCUGAGGACAUCAGUUUAGAAACAACUGUGCCGACAGAUGAUGUAUCUUCAUCAGAAGAGAGGGAAGCUUCUACCAAAGUCACCAAGCAGCUCAUCGAGAGGAAGGAGCUUCUUCACAACUUACAGCUGUUGAAGAUAGAGUUGUCCCAAAAGAAUUUGGUUAUUGACAACCUGAAAGUAGAAUAUCUCACAAAAAUAGAGGAUUUAGAGGAAAGACUGAAUGAUUCUCUUCACCAGAAGAAAUUGCUGCAGGUCCGUUUGGAAAACCAACUGAAAGUUCAACAGGAUGAUGCCAGAAGACGCCAAGAUCUAAGAAAGCAGGAAAUGGAGACUAUUUUAGAAAGGCAGAAACAUCUUGAACAGACAAACCUGCAGCUGCAGGAACGAGCAGGUGACAUUCGCCGCAGUUUACGAGAUCUAGACCUGACACAAGACCAGUACGCGGAACUAAAGGUUAGACCUGAAGACCAGCUUUCCAUCCCAGAAUACGUAUCCAUAAGAUUUUAUGAAGUGGUCCAUCCAUUGAGAGAAGAUAUUGAGGAGCUGCGACAGAAGAAAACUAGUCUUUGGGAAGAGAGCAACUCUCAGAAAAAUCAGCUGGAUAGCUUGAUAGAGAGCUAUGAAUCUGAAAGGAAAACUCGCUCUGAUCUUGAAGUCCGUUGUCAGCGCCUUGUAUUGGAACUAGCAGAUAACAAGCAACUUAUUCAGCAAUCGGACUAUAAGAGGGAACAUUAUGAUCGAGUAAAGCAAGAGAGAGAUGCGUUUGACAAGGAGGCUUCAGAGCUCAGGAAAAGACUGGAAUUACUUGAAAUCACACACAAAGCACAAACCAAGGAGAAAAAUGAUUUAUCCAAAGAGGUAGCAGCAAUGCAGCAGUCUAUUAGCUUGCUGCAAAAAGACAAAGAAUACUUGAAUCGCCAAAAUAUGGAACUAAACGUUCGGUGCGCUCAUGAAGAAGAUCGUAUAGAACGCCUCCAAACUCAUCUUGAGGAGGCAAAGCGAGCUAGAGAAGAAAUGUAUGAAAAAUAUGUGAUUUCAAGGGACCAUUACAAAAAUGAAUAUGAGGACAAACUUCGACGUGAAUUGGAACACAUUAGAGUAAAAACCGAUCAGGAAAUUGAGCAUCUUCGAUGUGGCUCCAAGGAAAUUUAUGAGAGGGAAAAUAGGUAAGUCUUUAUCAAUAGAACACCAGCAAUGUACCAGAAAUUCAAGGGAGUCGGGGCUGAAGUGAGUGCAGUCAUUAUUACUGAGCAGAAAGUGCUUGAGAAGUUUAGGCAGCUACAGGUUAACACAGAUAGCCGUGUAUCUGAACUCAUGAACCAGACAAAAGUAAAAACGUUUGAGGCAGAACGAGCUCAGUUGGUACAAGAGGAAACAGCCAAAAAUUUAAAGCACUGCCAGGUGGAAUGUGAUAAAUACCAGAAGAAACUUGAGGUUUUAACAAAAGAAUUUUACAAACUGCAAGCAUCAGCAGACAAGCAUACCACUGAGCUUCAGACUCAAAACACUGAGCUUCAAGCACGAUUGGUGAUCUAUGAGAAACUAGAACAGGAGCUGGAUGGUGUUAUAAUGCAAUCGGCUGAAAUGGAAGAUGAGGAUGAUGCUGAACAUGUCCUUUUCUCUUAUGGUUAUGGUGCUAACAUUCCCACAACAGCAAAACGGCGCCUGAAGCAGAGUGUUCAUCUUGCAAGAAGAUUGUUACAGAUGGAAAGGCAAAAUUCACUGCUUCGAAAAGACCUCGAACGACACAAACUCUCUGCCGACGAAUUAACUCAGGAGCUUACAAAUGCAAAGUCUUUACUUGGUCAAGCUCAACAGCCUUACAGUUAUCUUAUUGAGACUGUUCGUCAGAGAGACGGUCUGAUCCAGACAUACAAACAACAGGUUUCACAACUUGAGAAUGAAGUCUGUCAGUUAAAAAAAGAAAAGGCAGCUUUACUUCGCCUGAAGAACCAAAUGGCAGCAGAUCUAGAGAGACUCUUGAAUCAGCGGGAGGAAUUGGCAGUAAUGAAGCAAGUUCUGAUAACUUUGCGCAACAAGCAGAGUAAUGGUGGUUUGCCAGGUUCUCAGCAUGAAGGCAAAGUCAUUCCUGUUGCCUCAACGUCUAAAUUGUCUCGCGGCAUUCCCCCAGAAGAGGAAGAAAACAUCUACAAACCAAAACCAACAGUUUUUACAAACAGAGAAUGUCCAGCCUGGUACACGAAGCUGAAGCAGAAGAGUACCUGAUCUUUUCAUGUACUGUUUAAAGAAUUAAAGAAUGUACACUUCAUUAUCGUACUGAUUUUCUGUGGCACAACUUGAGUUUUUCAAUUUGAUUGCUGUGAAUCUAAUUAUGUGUUAUUUCUGAACCACUCAAAGCACAUUUACAGUAAAUGGUCACGUUAACCUGCAUUUAUGGUAUAAAUGCAUUCUGUAUCUGGCGUGAAGGCCUGCUUGAAACCAGAGAGAAGUAAAUUGAAUGUGGUCUACAAUUUCAUUUCGCUUCCCAGCUGGUUCAAGCCAGUAACACCCAAUUUACACAGCAAGUUUAGCACUGAGGUCUAAAUCAUUUUGUACUAAUGCUAUAUUUUGUAACGUUCAAGACAAAUUAUCAAAAAUGAUUGCAGUAAUUUUAUUGAAAUGGAUAACCAAGUUAUAUUUUGUGAUCCUGCACCAUAUAAGUUUGAAAACAAAAUGAUGAUUUUUUUAAAAUAAUUUAUAAUAAAUUAUUUUACAUGUGUGCAGUGCUUUACCAACUAAUUUAUCUGUGGAGAAAUACAGUUAGCAUCUCAUUGUAAUUUAAAGGUAUUCUCAUCUGUAACAGCUGUGCAGGAGUUCAGUGUUUUACUGGGUGUUCGAAGUUGCAUAUCAUAUGUGUGAAUUAUAUUGUACAUAGCAGUGUUUAAUUUAUUAGAGACUUCACAUUAAAAUUUCAUGUUUUUAAAUUCAAGCUA